AUUUAAAACCGGAACAAACGAAAACAAAAAGCAGGGACCAGCUGUGGAGUGUGUCUGCUUUCCCUGGAGUGUUUUGAGCACUCUCACGGAGAAGCGCUGGCCGUGAAACAGCAUCGUCUAAAGGAGCACAACUGGACCCAGAGUAAUGGCACAUUAGCAAAAACCCAACAGUUUAAUGCUUUUAUUUUUUCAACACCUUUUCUCGCCUUUAUUACUUUAAGUUGUGAUGGAGGGUUUCGGUUGUGCCAGCUUGAGGAUGAGGAGGAGGAGAAGCAGCAGCGGGGCAGCCGGGCUGCUGUGGCCGCUGCUCGGUGCGUGUCUCUGGGCUUCGGUGGUCGGGUACAAGCCGGUGAUCAUCGUGCACGGUUUGUUCGACAGCUCAGGGGAUUUUAUAAACUUACAGCGGUUCAUUAAGAAGUCUCAUCCAGGGACGAACGUGACCGUCAUCGACCUGUUUGACAGGGGCGCGAGCCUGGAGCCCAUGUGGAAACAGGUGAAGGGAUUCAAGGCAGCUAUCUACCCAAUAAUGCAAAACGCAGCAGAUGGGGUCCACUUUAUCUGCUACUCUCAAGGCGGUCUGGUUUGCAGAGGGAUCCUCUCCACUCUGUCUGACCACAACGUCCACUCCUUCAUCUCCCUGUCCUCACCUCAAGCCGGGCAGUAUGGAGACACAGACUACUUAAAGUACCUCUUCCCUCAGUUUGUGAAGGCAAACCUCUACCACUUCUGUUACACCGCAUUAGGUCAGAUGAUAUCCAUCUGCAACUAUUGGAACGACCCCCACCACAGAGACCUCUAUGUCAACAGCAGUGAUUAUCUGGCUUUGCUCAACAGUGAGAGACCCAACCCAAAUUCAACAGAAUGGAAGAAGAACUUCCUCAAAAUCAAAAAGCUGGUACUGAUUGGAGGACCGGACGAUGGAGUCAUCACGCCCUGGCAGUCGAGCCAGUUUGGAUUUUAUGACGACAACGAGACGGUUGUUGAAAUGCAGCACCAAGAUCUGUACUUGAGAGAUGUUUUCGGGCUGAAGACGCUGGCGGCUCGCGGAGAUCUGAUCCUCUGCUCUGUUCCCGGCGUUCAGCACGUCUGGUGGCACUCCAACGAGACCGUGUUCCACACAUGCAUGGAGAAGUGGCUGGUGUAGCACAAAACCUCUUCACAGCACACACAUGCAGACGGACACACACAAAAACACACAAAAACGGUCGACCUCUACAGCCUCGGUUAUAGUGUCUUCUGUAGGACAUGAGCUGAUAUUUUGGGGGGAUUACAGCUGUGAAAGAUCAUUUGGUGAUGUCAGGAUUUAUUUUAAACUGUCUUUCAUUUUCAUCUUAUUUAACAUUUAAGGAGAAAGUUUAACAUUAGGGGAAAAGAUUUUGUUACCUCUCUCUCUUUUAUGUGUACAAUACAUGUUAGGCUAUACCAGAAGCAGGUUAGCUUAGCUUUGCACAAAUAAUGGAAAUAAAGGGAAACAUCUAGCCUGCUUGUGUGUGACAAGGACAAAACCAGCACUUUUAACUUCACUCACUAACUUGUUCAUUUUAUUUGUCUGAAUAAAGUAAGCGUAAAAUGACAUUGGCAACUAUUAGUGGUGACUACUAGUGGGUUAAGAAGGUACUGCAGGAAGGCUACAGUCAUGAUUGACAGAUUGAUAGAUGGAUACUUUGUUGAUUUGUAUUCAAAUUUUGUUUUAUAAUAGCAUAAUAAAGAGUACAAAAUAGUUCAGUCUGCAAUAAUUAAACAACAUAGCUAAAGUAAAAGUGGUAAAAGUAUCACAGGUGCCUACUGAGGACCUUAUGCUGUGAGAUUUCACACAUAGACAGUGAUUUAAAAAAAACAAAAAACAGAAUACAAAAUAAAAAUGAGGUUAAGGAGAGUAGAAAGUAUCACACUGCAGAUUGCUUUAAUAAAUAAUAUGUACUCUAUAAAUGUAAGAAACAUGUGGAGGAAUGGUUAAUCUGCAGAUAUUUCCUGGAGUCCAGCUACCAACAUAAUGUUGUCAGCAUUUUAAAACCCCAAAAAUAUCACCAUCACAAUUAGAUUUUUGGGUGCAUUAACAAAAAAACAUUUAACAUGUUAUUCAGUGGGAUUAAGAGUGCUGGUAGGCAGAUUUAAUGCAAUUCAUUAAUUCAUUUUUAAUGAUAACACAGAUCCAGGCUAGUGGCUUUCAGCUGCUAUGUUGAGCUAACGCUCUCCAUUUAUUCCCACUGAUGUCACCUUUGCAAACAACGUGAGUCCGGCCCUCACCGUCAUACGUAGAUGGUAUGAAAGAUGUACGUUUCUAAGGUUGUUAUAACUAAAACUAAACUAAAAAUUAAAACUACAUAUUAAUAAAAUAAAAUGAACUAAAACGAAUUAAAAAAAUAGAGGAAAUGAUGAUGGACGGAGAUGUUUACUGAGACUGUGGAUGUCUACAUCGAUUGAAACUAAUAAAAACUAAAACUAACAUUUUUAAACAAUAAAACCUUCAGAACUGAAUUAAUUUAUCCAACCCUGGAGAUACGUACAUGUUUUAUACUGUCUGCGAUGUAGUUUCGGCUUGUCGUGCACGUCUUGUUCUUGUUUGGGUGGGUUGUAUCAGUACAGGGAUCAGGGAUUUCCAUACAAAUUUUCAAACUGCUUGAAAGGUUAAGAUUUUCUGGAGAAACAUUUACCAUAAUCUAACCUGUAGCAUUAUCUCGACCAAGGCUUGAUUCAUAAAGGGGGGAAAAAGCACAUUUCCCAAAAUGUUACACUUCUCCUUCAUGUAUUUAUUUUAAAAAACCCACAUUGUUGCUUUUGGAGAAAUCCAGCACAUCGCUGCCUGUUUGCUGAUGGCUGUCAGAAGGGGUUUUAGCUGCUUUUCUGACUUUAAAGGAGCACUCCAACAAUUUUUCAUUGUACCAUUACAAGGGACAAGAGUGCUAGCAGUCAUCGUAGCAGAGGAUUAAGGAUAUGUUGAAUUUUAUUUACAAGUGUGAGUCUAGUUUGUUGUUACGUUCUUCCUGCCUGUUUCAUGGCAAACCUCCAGUUUUAAUGCGGGCUAUGAGGUAAGUGAGCUGUAAUUGUCCAGCUGAGCGUAUAUGAGUGUAUCAGACAGUGUGCGUCUGCUCCAUCAAACAUACCUCAAAGCCGCCACGCAAACACGACAGUGCCUGAGCGACGUUAAGUCGUCUACAUGUUGAGACUUACUGCCCCGCUUGUCUCGCGUUGAGUCAUUUAUAUGUUUUUCAUUCCUCCAUCUUUAACCCCGGUGUCUAAUUCAGAGUGAGCCUCCGAUCUUAUCAUCAGUUUAUUGUAACUAUCAUGCAGUGCUUUGGAGCUUUACUCCAUCGCUUUUGUAGAUGAAGCCUUAAUUUUUUCCCCCCUACAUGCCUCAGUAUUUCAUGGCCAUUACCAAAGUGCUACGAUACACUGCCUUUAGUGACGGUGCUAAAAACAAUGAUAGGGAGGGGUGGCAUUGGGCAUAAUAAGACUAGAAAGUGGCAGUGAUAUGUUAGUGUUUACUGGUCCACCGAACCUCCCAUCACAUUUAGAUAUCUCAGGCCUUUUAGCAACCUUCAUGUUCCUACUUUUCUGUUGUUUAAGGGAUUCAUUUGUAAUACUUUUAAUUUAUACUUGUCUUAUAUUUCUCAAAAGGACAAAAAGCGGAGCGUGUAUUUGAAAUAUAAAACAGAAAAGAAACUUAAUGGUUAAGGAUGAAUUGCACAUUGUAAAGAGAAGGGAUGUUGUUGAGAUAGGGAUGGUUUUAUCUGUGUUCAAGCUACUAUGUUAAUGUUAUUGCAUCUGUUGUUCAUGUAUGCUCGUGCAAAGCCAGAGCUGACCUGACCGCAUUAGAUGUGGAUAGAAGCAAUGUCUCACUCUGUUUAGUUUUCUUAUUAAACAAAAAAUAAAUGGGGAUAUGGACACUUUUUUAAAUCCUAAAACAUACAGUACUAUUUUAACAGUUUCUACCGUGUUUGUGCUAUAAAUGAACAGGUGUCAAAUGCUGUCAGGUCUUCAAUAAAAGACAGUGUUGAGCA